UUUCACGGACAUUUGGUCAUUGAGGAAAAUCUCGCGUGGCGGUGCUGGCAUUUCAACGGUUUGCUAUCAGCAGCAUGGACAGAGUCAGUUCUCGGCGGACUGGCGAGUGACGAACAGCGAAGCACCUUCCAUCGCACCAUGGCAGAUUAAUUUUGAAACGCGCGCGGGACGAUCGAAAAGCGGUGCUUCUCAAAAAUCGUUUCGCUACUCCGAAUGUUAUACAGACUCGCCUGAUCCGUGCGGUGUGCUUUUACGCGAUAUCCUAUGUGACGUGUGCCUGCUAUGUGUUGAUUACGUUUCACCGCGGUCUACCGGAAGUGAGGCAAUUGAGAAGAAAAAGUUGCGCAAUCCAAACCCGUGAACGGUUUACGCUGCUGUGAAACGCGUGUGACCGCAGAUCCGAGUUCCUAAAUUUUUGGUAUAUCAGUUUCAUUCCCGGUCCUUUCAUUCACCCAGUUGUUUCUUCCAUUCCUCAUUGCCCAGGUCCGAUUCAUUCCGGACUUUGCCGAUGAUUUUUUCUUUCAUUCUAUUUUUUUGAGCAAAAAGGACCUUCCGAAGGCGUGUGCUUGAUAAUAACCGAGAAUUAAAGCCAUAAUCCGGAGUUCAAGCCGCCCCGGCUAUUGUCCUCUGCAAAAGAGAACCUGACUUCAGCUUCGCGUCAAAUUAAAGCUCUUGGCUAUUAGCAUUACCCAAAGUAUUUUAGCUACCGUCAAAGUCACCGUCGUUAUUAAUUAGACAACAACCCUUUGUUACAAACCUUUUUUAAAAUCUUCACUCCUUUUUCACUUCUCCAUAGCAGAUUUCUCUCAAACACUUUGCGAUACUUGUUCCGUCCACAUUGUUCACGAACGUCUUGAACGUUGAAUUCUCAUUUAAAAAUCUUUUUUUUCUCUCGUUCCGGUUGUCAAAAUUAGACCUCCGCGAGUGAGAAGAAAAUAGAAAGAAAACGGCUGUCCAGAAAUUGGCCGGUGAUUCGUUACCGCGCAUCUCGAUCCGUACGGUGAUAGAGAAAAAUUUCUUCGUGCGUCAACCAAAUUCGAAAUAAUUAUCCCUAUUUUCCGCUAAACUUGGGUGGUUUCAAGAUGGCAGGCCGGUGACUAUACGUGAAAAUGCAAAGGCAGGGACGCUCAACUUCUAAAAAUAUCGGCGGUAAUGCAAAUAUUAUGUUCCCGAGUUUACGGCAGAGAACAACAAUACCCGCAAGCUGCCGCUGUCUACGGUAUCUUGAAAAACAUUCAACCGCUUGAUGUAAAAAAAGGAAAAAAAUACAAAAGAAACAAAGGAGAAACGAUACUCAAUUGCUCUAAUAAAUUGAACGUUAUAUUACCUUUUUUUCCAGUCAGUAAAGAUUCAGCUCAUGAAACGUGACAACGAAUACAACGGAAGUUGGAACAAUUUUCGGAUCAGUCAGGACAUCGACGUCCCCGCGCUUUUACGUACAGCCGAUUUAUUUGUGCGAUAUCCGCAUAAAAUAACUUAGUUAACGUAAACCUGGGAAACCUUAUGACCGUUCUUAGAACCAAUUACUACACUUAAACCUCGUGCAAAGAUCCGUUGCAGUUUCGAAGAUAUUUUGUUUACAAUACCGAAGCCGAUGGACAUGAGAAUUCGCGAUAACCGGCGCAACCCAACUAUCAAUCAAAUUCUAUGGGAGUAGAGAAAGAAAAAAAAAAACAUAAAGAGCACAAACGACGAUCAAGAUAAUGAUUCGUGACGGAAAAAGUUACCUCGCUAGUGUUGACUACAGGUGAAAGAAUUGAACGUUGACAGGUGUCACGUGGAGCGACUGAAUAGUGAUAACGUGAUAUCGAGUUGUUGAAGUGUCUUGUUAUAUCGUAAUAACCGGUUAGUCGUUAUUAUUCCCACCUCUCCCCACCCCAUCACUUUAUGCGCGGAUGUAUAUCGGCUGUGGGUGAAAUAUAAAUAUGAAAAUUUCAUCGGAGAAAGACUGUUAAUUAAUUAUUGAUCGAGCGGUGCGAUAACGAAGAUAUGAUUCGUGUAUUUCGCGCCAGAAAAUAUUUCGCGCGUUAACGUCCACGCCCUUGGAUCGUUAUAGAAAUUCACGCGAUAAAGUGACCCCUGACCCGUGAAGAAUAACAAAUAGAACAAUUACAGUUUGACCCUGGAGUUUGUAGGUGAAAGAUGAAACGUAGACGUGGGCAACGAGAAAAUGUGGCUGUAAUUGUAUUCGAAGAUUGAUCAGUGAUCGGUAGACCGGAUCGAGGGGUUUGUCAAAGAUGUGCGAAUACGCCAUUUUGGAUCCCUACGAAACAAGCGCGAGACUAGCGCGAAGAGAUUCUGGAACGAUGAAAGUUGCCUUGCCGAUAUCGAGCUUUCGGAGACACAGCGGAUGCGUGUCAACUUUAGCUCGUGCAAGGCAGCAGGCCAGACCGCUCUAUUUCGCAGUUCCUUUCGAUGUCGAAAAUGGCGCUUCGCCGUUGGACGGUGGUGCAGGGGGUGGCGGGGGUGCAUCCCCAAGUGCGGGGCUGGUCCUCCAAACGUUACCCCAAAGAAGAGAAAGUUUUCUCUACCGGAGUGACAGUGACUUCGAAAUGUCGCCGAAAUCAAUGUCGAGAAAUAGUUCGAUCGCCAGCGAGAGGUUCAAAGAGACAGAGCCGCCUGUCGAGCGCGCGAUGUUCCCUGAUCAGUACAGUCAUGGAGAGGAUCUCAUCGUUACACCUUUUGCACAAAUUCUUGCCUCGCUGCGAUCGGUUAGAAACAACUUCUUGUCACUCACCAAUGUACCGACAAAUAAAUCACGAAGAAGUAGCGGGGCCCAGGGCAGCAGCACACCGCAGCCCAGGAAUCUGGCGCCAGGAGAUGAACCCUACAUGAAGUUGGCUGUCGAGACAAUAGAAGAACUUGACUGGUGUUUGGAUCAGCUAGAAACGAUUCAGACACAUCGCUCCGUUUCGGACAUGGCGUCCCUCAAGUUCAAAAGGAUGCUGAACAAGGAACUAUCACAUUUCUCGGAGUCAUCAAAGUCCGGAAAUCAGAUAUCCGAAUACAUCUGCUCCACUUUCUUAGACAAGCAGCAGGAGCUGGACCUUCCUUCCUUGAGAAUCGAAGAUGCGGUUGCUGCUCCAGGAAAUGUCGACGUCCGAGCUGUUAAGAAGAAGGAUCGCGUGCAGAGAGGUCCUGCGGCGAUGUCGCACAUCAGCGGUGUUAAAAGACCGCUAACGCACACCAACAGUUUCACCGGAGAACGCGUACCCCUCCACGGAGUCGAAACACCCCACGAAGAACAGCUUGGAAAGCUUCUCUCCGAUAUCGACAAAUGGGGCAUUGACAUCUUCAGGAUAGGUGAACUCAGCAACAACCGUCCCUUAACUUGCGUCGCCUAUACCGCUUUCCAAAGUCGGGAUUUGCUCAAGUCGUUGGCGAUACCUCCGAAGACAUUUGUCACAUUUAUGAUGACCCUUGAGGAUCACUACGUAAAGGAUAACCCUUUCCAUAACAGUCUUCAUGCAGCUGACGUAACACAAUCUACUCACACCCUACUCAACACCCCGGCACUUGAGUCGGUUUUUACUCCACUCGAAAUCACCGCCGCGUUAUUUGCUGCUACAAUCCAUGAUGUGGAUCAUCCUGGAUUGACGAACCAGUUUCUCAUUAAUUCGAGUUCGGAAUUAGCUUUGAUGUACAACGACGAAUCGGUCCUAGAAAAUCAUCAUUUGGCAGUCGCGUUUAAAUUAUUGCAAAACGAAGGAUGCGACAUAUUCGUCAACAUGUCGAAAAAGCAGAGGCAGACGCUUAGGAAAAUGGUGAUCGACAUGGUGCUGUCGACGGACAUGUCGAAGCAUAUGUCACUGUUGGCAGAUCUGAAGACGAUGGUUGAAACGAAAAAGGUAGCCGGUUCCGGAGUCCUUUUGCUCGACAAUUACACCGACAGGAUUCAAGUGUUGGAAAAUCUUGUGCACUGUGCGGAUUUAUCGAAUCCAACGAAACCGUUGGCCCUGUAUCGUAAAUGGGUGAGUCUUCUUAUGGAAGAAUUUUUCCUACAAGGAGACAGGGAGAGAGAUCAAAAUAUGGAUAUCAGUCCAAUGUGCGAUCGUCAUAGCGCAACGAUAGAAAAAUCUCAGGUUGGUUUCAUCGAUUACAUCGUGCAUCCGUUGUGGGAAACUUGGGCAGAUCUUGUCCACCCCGAUGCUCAAGGCAUUCUCGAUACUUUGGAAGAAAAUAGAGAAUGGUACCAAUGCAUGAUACCACCUAGUCCACCACCAGCUGAGCAACUUUCUUCGGACCAACAAGCGGACGAUAGAAUACGGUUUCAGGUCACGUUAGAGGAAGGUGAUGAAUCGGGUGAGACCACAGAAGGUGGUGGCGGUGAAGCAGAUGACAAUGCCGGUGAUGCUGGGAUGUGACGGAGGCUGGCUGGCAUUUGCAGAAAGCUUCAAGAAAAGGUGCAGCAGACUUGGUGGCGUGUGCGCCAGUGACGUCAUCUUGUUAACGAACGUUUCAAAAGACAUCGAGGUCACUGACCGCCGCGGUACUUAUGUAUGAUACUGUGUACUGUGCGUACGCGUAAGUGACGAAUUAAGUCACCGCGAUGACGGUACUUUAUUUUGCACGCCUAGCAAUGUCCUUUGACAACUUGUCGUCCAGUUUUGACGUGAGAAAGAGAAAGAGAGCGAGAGAGAGAAAGAGAGAAAAAGAGAAAAAGAGUUUCGUAAAAGGAGAUGAAACGAUGAGCUUUUGUUAUUGGAUUAAAAGGAUCGCCGGUGAUGAUGGUGACGACGACUCCUCGUCGAGUCAGAGAUUAUUUUCAAUCCUUUACGGUUACCGGAAUUUUGAUAAAUAUGGUAGCAGGAAACGGAGGAUGAAAAAAAAGAACUAACACGAUUCUUGGAUCGAAUCUUUACGCCCGACUUUUCAAUGUCUUGAAAAAAAAUUCCCGUUCAUGUCUUUCUUUUCGCUGAAGGUAAAUGAGAUGAAUUGUGAUGGUUGCACAGUUUGCUAUUCUGUCGUUCCACCACAGAAUAAGGAGGGAGGAAACUUGUAAAAUAAUGUCUGAUUUGGUAUAAGCCAUGAAAAGAGUCAUCCGAAGAGAAGAGGAAAAUUAAACUUAUUGACCAAUAUUCAGUGCCGUGAUGAACCAAACAAAAUUGAAUAAGCAGAUAAAAAAAAAAAUUAAUUCAGCUGAUGUUAACGUGAAUUCAUUAAAUUUUUAUUAAUACUAUGGAAAUUUGAUGCUGGAAACAACGACGGCUGUGCGAUUAAUGUGUCGGCCUUUGGAUAACCGCAGAAGAACAAGAACGGAUAUUUGACCGUUUGGAGGUAGCGGCCGACAGGAGUUGUCAUUGGACAUGAAGAAGAGGGAAGAAAAAAUAGUUUCUUUGGACAGACAGGAUUUUCAACAACAUAUCAACAACACAAUGCUACAAUGUCGGUACUAUAGUCGAUGAGUUGAGAGAUUUUUCACUGUUUAUUGACAGAAUAACGCCGUUAUUGCUGAUCGAUUGAUUUAGGAGGUGCUACAACGUACGAUAACAAUGAAGCGCGACCUCCUGGUUUUAUACUUAUUGGCUACUAAGUCGCGAUAAUCAGGCGCUAUCAAAGAAAAAUCGUGUUAGUUAUAAAAGUAGAAUUCCAAAUUCUACCAUGAGCUUACUAUUGACUGUUUCUUAAAUCUUAUAGAGGUACGCUUCAGACGUUGUCGGUUCAAAUACUAAACGCGAUUUGCAGUCAUAAUUUCAAGUAUUACGUGUCGCGGUGAAGUUUGGUUUGAAACGUCAGCGACUGAUAAGUGGCCAAAAAAUCGAAAAUUCUUAAGUCGUUCUAGUCCGUGAGUAAAAGUAAAGUUUCACUAAUUGUUCGAGAGUUAUGAAUAAAUCGGAAUAUAUUAAAAUCCGUGUCAUUGUCGUCCGAAAUUACGAGAAACAAGAUCCGAAUAUAAGAGAAAAAAAAUUGAUAAAGGAAGAUGGCAACGUACGUUUUCUAAAACGCACAUGAAAUGCGAAACAAGAUAAGAAUAUUAAAAGCAAAAAAUUAAAAAAAAAAAAACAAAACAAAAAAAACUCAACAAUAGACUUAAUAAUUGGUUUGACUUUUGUUUUCUGAUCCUAUAAUAAAUCUAACAGUAGUAGACAAUGAUAUCUAUCUUGAAAGUAAGAUUUUUGUCUCCAUUGCUUAUUAGAGUGUAGAGUUGUAAUAAAAAUUAGUGACACCUAGUAACGAAAUACUAGCGGAUAAAAAGAGGAGGGUAUAUUGUUAUACCUGUACUAUUCAUUGAAUGAACAAUAAUUAAUUUUAAUAUACAACUAUAUAAGAGCUGGUCUUUUGGGUUUGUAUUAAAAUUAAUUGGUAUCAGAUGACGCUUUUUCCUUGCGAUAUAUGAAGUAGAUUUAAGAAAAAAAAUGAGGUAAACAAGAGAUAAAAAAGAAAAAGAGAAAAAAAAAAGAAAAAAAACCUAAUUAAUCUAGCCAAAGAGUAAUAUUAAUUAUUAUUAUCAUUAAACGUAGGUAUAUCUCGGGCGCCCCCACCAAUACGUUUUACAAUCGCUCUCACUCGACACUUAUACCAGCUUUGUAGUUAUGGUAGCGGUAGAAAAUUAGAAAAAAAAAGAAAAAAAUUCGAUGUCAAACUCACUCGCUUGAAUGUCUCUGUGAAAACGCUCAACUUAGAAAACAAAUGGAAUAUUUCAUAAAUUUUUUCGCUUUCCGAAGAACGUUUGACUGUCUCCUGGCCUAAGGGUGUCCCUAGUCUCAUUUCUUACUGUGUAAUGUGGAAAAAUCACCGGCAUUUCUCAUAUUGAUCUUUGAUAACGUGAAUUUCAAUCAUGUUUAAAAAAAAACUGAAAAAAAUGCUCAUCGUUCCGCCCUUAUACAACAUCGUGCGAAAACACGACGCACACGACGCAAGUCCAUUAUUAAUAACAUUGGCAAGCCUUGGGCCGAAAAGAUGCUCAAUCGUAACUUUAGAAGUCAUAGUGUUGAAAGAAAACUAAACUUGCCGUAUUGGUGGCAACGCCGGACGUAAGAUUAAUAACGAAAAAAGGAAGACAACAGUAUGCUAACAACUUGCUAAUAGAAAAUAAUUGAAAAAAAAAAAGAAAAAAUCAGUCGUUAAGACACACUAGGAAUAAGUUGAGUCUGUCGUUGAAUAUGGAAAACGAGAUUUCAGUAUGUACCUAAAUCCUAUUGUAAUCAGUCGUACUAUUAUCACGAAAAAUCUGUAUCUGUGUUGUGUAGGCAUUAAAAUAGUAAGUGUUUGGUGCUGGCCACCAAGUUUACGUCGUCAUUAUUAUUAUUAUUAUUAUUAUUAUUACUGUCAUUAUCAUUAUUUUUAUUAUUAUCAUUAUGGCGAUUAUUGUUGUUGUUAUUAUAAUAAUUUUUAUUUCUAUUAUCAUGACUAUCUCGGAGAAUAAUAAUGUAUCAAUCUCAUUAUGAUUGAUCGUUUAUCUCGUUAGGAUAGGUCUAUAGUUAUUUAUUGUUGGUUAUUAUUAUUAAUUACUAUUAUAAUCACAAUUAUGAUCAUCAUUAUCAGAUUUGAAGAAAGUUUACGGAAAAAAAUGAUCACUAUAAGAUAAAUAAAAACAGAAAAAAAAAAAAUAAGAAACUUUUGAUCGGGACUUCAUCGCCAUAAUAGGAUGAAUAUUAACAUCGUUUGUACAAAUGAAAGAAUAUCAAGUAAAUGUAUGUACCUUGACAUUGACUCAGUACGGUGAAAACAAAAAUUUAAGUAAUAUUAUAAAUAUAAGCAAAGUUUCAGUGUUUGCCGAAACGUAAGGUGGGAAAAAAAUGAAAACGAAGGCGUUUGAUCGCAUACGCAGGUACUAUGCGAUACGUUUAUUGAAAUCAACCCCUUCAUCCACAGUACCAUUCAAAUCGUAAAUUGUUUGGUAAAGCGUCUCCGGUUAUGGCAUGAAACAGUUUUCGAUUUAUUGUGCUUCGAAACCGCUCUAACAAAACAAAGUUUUACAAGUAUGAUGAUUACGAUGAUCUAAUAAAAAUGUGUUAUAAAAACAAUGUGUUUGAUUGCUGGACAGUUAAAUGAACAUGUAUUAAUACCAUGUAACCCACGUAUGAAGAUAUAUGUGUAAUAAAACAUAUUUAUUGUCGGAA